AUGUCAAUUAACUUUUAAGUAAAUGGUUUUAAUUAUUGAUCAUAUUAUAAGUAGGUACAGUAUUUACCAUUGAAACAUGAAUAUUAUAAAUAAAAAUAUUUUCGUAUAUCUGACCAUCUGAAGCUCUGUCGUAAUUUUUGGGAGACUGGAAAUAGGAAGCUUAAAUGAAAGUAGCGCGUUAUUGCCAUUACUAUAACAAUUGAAAAGCCGUUUAUAUAGCGCCCAUUAAAAGAAUAAAAUGGGAAGUCCAGAACGAGAAUUGUGUCCUCCAUCCUCAGAAGAAGAUGAAUUAACUUUACCCCGUGCUAGUAUUAACAAAAUGAUAAAAGAAUUGGUCCCCUCUGUUCGUGUUGCAUUCGAGUCUCGGGAGUUAAUUCUUAACUGUUGUACUGAAUUUAUUCAUCUUAUUAGUUCUGAAGCUAAUGAAGUGUGUAAUCAAAGUAAUAAAAAAACGAUCAAUGCUGAACAUGUACUGACAGCAUUGGUUAGAUUAGGAUUUAGUGACUAUACAUGUGAAGCAGAAGCAGUUCUUAAGGAUUGUAAAGCAGUGGCUGCAAAGAGAAGAAGACAAAGCACAAGACUAGAAAAUCUUGGUAUACCAGAAGAAGAACUUCUAAGACAACAACAAGAAUUAUUUGCAAAGGCUCGAGAGGAACAAGCGAAACAAGAUCAACAACAAUGGUUGUUACUACAACAACAUGGAUUAGUUGGAAUGGAAGGGCCACCUCAGUCAUACGUUCCGCCCCCGCCAGGAACUAAGCAAGAGGACACUGAAGAUGAUGAUUAUUCAUAAAGGAAACAUCAUUACACACACAGACCACAAUUGCAUUAUAUUUUUUGUAACAACAUAACAGUUAAACUAUCUACUUAAGCUUGUGUUUUAGAUAAAAUUACAUCAUUUUAGAAAUACAAA